AUGUCAGCAGCCAAGCAUGGACGCGAGUAUGACAUUGUUCUCAUUGGGGCUACGGGCUAUACCGGCAGGAUGACUGCCGAACACAUUUCAAAGGAGUUGAGACCGGACAGGAUACAGCCAACAAUCGAGGUGGUGUCCCUUCAUCAGCGGGAACAGGUCGCCACCCUCAUGAGAAAGGCCAAAGUGUGCAUCAGUGUCGUGUCUUACUGGAAUGUCGGACACGAGAUCAUUGACGCUUGUAUUGAGAAACGGACAGACUAUAUCGAUACUUCAGGAGAUACUAUACUUCUGAGGAAAUGGAUAUCCAAGUACCACGACGCCGCGACGAAGGCAGGCGUUGCGCUCAUCCAACCCUGCGGCAUCUUCAGCGGGCCCCACGACCUCCUCACCUGGUUCCUAGUCCACCACCUAGAGCAGCACUACCAGGACCUAAAAACCCAAGAGGUCAUCCUCUCGGUCAAACAAGCUGGACUCUCCCCCAGCGGCGGCAGCAUCGAAAACCUCGUGUUGCAAUCCGCCCUCGACGCCCAGACCCUGCGCCAGUCCACCGAGCCAUGGCCAAAUAGGGCCAUCGUUCAUCGGACUUGGGGGCUGCUGGGGGGCGGGGAGGUGUAUGGACGGAGUUUUCGGUAUAACGAGUAUGAGACCGUGCCGUCAACGCUCUUCGGCAUGUUCAAGGUCCUCGGUGUGUACGUCCUCAUGACCCUGCUGGGUCUCGCGCCUUUUCGGACGAUUAUGAGAUCGUCUUUCCCGGCGCCGGGGGAGGGGCCCGAUGUGGAGAAGGUGUAUGCGAGGCUCGAGUAUACGGCUGGAUCGUACUUGGUUACGGCUGCUUUCUUGGCGCAGGGGGCGGCGUCGUUGCUUUAUGCGAGGAAGCUGGAGGGUGGAGUGGAGGGGGGUUGCUUGACGCCUGCUUUCGUGGGAGAGGAUCUAAUUGAGAGGAUCAGGGGUGCUGGAGGGAAGAUCGAGAUAAGGUUUUUGUGA